UUACUCAGCCAAGUAUUGACCCCAGCAGUUAAUUUAUGCGGGUGCUCAUAGCAACAUCAACAUUAGCUUUCUGUACUGUAGGACGAUUUGGGGAGACUUUUGUAGCCAUUUCCAGAGUUUUCCGGCAUGUCAGCGUCGACCAAAGGCAGGAGUAAGGCGCCCAGCAUGGCCGGGGGAGCUCCCCAGAAGAGCAUGUUACGCAGCACGUUCCAGCACACCAAGAGCUCCAUGAUGGUUGGUUCCACGCGAAGCCAGGUCGCGGGGUCGACCAGCAAGAAGAGCGUAGUGUUGGAUGAUGGGAAGGGCGGGGUGACGCAGCGCAGCAAGGGGCCGAACGUGGUUGUCCUUGACGACGCCGGAAACGACGUGACUCCACAGCCGCUGCUGAUCGUGGACCCGAACGCGCCGCAUCACACGCAGAGCAAACUGUUCGGGCAGGGCGGGACGGACUCUUCCUCUGUGGGCACCCCCACAGACUUCAUGUCGCAGGCGUCCAUCUACCAAACCGGCACGGGAACAGCCAGCGUGUUCGGGGCGCCCUUCUCCAGAUCGGUGAUGGGCAGCGUCUCCCGGAUCUCGGGACAGUCCACAGCAACGGAACAGUCCUUCGGCGACGAGAUCUCAGAGGCUGGAUCCCACGACCUUGCCCCUGGGCUGUCCAGCGUGAAGACGCGGCGUGAGGAAGUGAAGGAGAUCCUGACGGAGGCGGAUCUGGAUCGCUCAGUUGGGAUCCGGCUGUCGGAGAGCGACACGAUCUGGAUCCUGGAUCUGGUCGGGACGUGCGUCGCUAACGACAGCGAAAACGCCGACACCAUCCGCGCCAGGAACGAGAAAUACAAGGAGCUGUGUAAGAACCGUGUGGGAAACGAUCGGUACAUGGAGCGAGGAAUGCAGACCUUCAACGAUGCACCAAAAAACAAGGAAGUUCAGGCGGAUAAAGUGGAGCUGGUCGACACAGGCAUCAAUGCCUCGGAGUGGGACAUGCACGACACAUAUCAGGACCUGGCAGCGAAAGACAAGGAAAAGUCAGGAGACCCGGAUGCGGACCGUGACCUGACCAUCAGCCGCCCGACUAGCAGGAAAGCCGACCUGGAGGAGGCUUCUGUGGAGGGCUCCAUGCGCCAGGGAUCAGCCAUGUCAGGGGUCAGUGGCAGGGAGAGCCGGGCGAGCAUCAUGGCGUCGAGCGUUCUGGCGUCGCAGUUUGAGAUGGCGGAGACGCCGGCGCCGCAGACCCUGCAGGAGGACAAGGAGAUAACCGUCAUGGACGACGCCGACCACCCCAUUCUCAAGAUGGAGAGUUUGCAGCACGACUUGUUUGUUAUGGAGAGAGUCGUGGUGCAGAACAUUUUCCAGCCAAAACAGGCGGCGUACCGAGGCAUGGAGGAGCUCACAGAUGUUGACCGUGAGGUACCAGAAGAGGCCCCCCCCACUGCUGGCUCCAUGUCCAUCGCUCAGAUGGGUCCCAACCUGGAGCGGCUCUGGAUAUACCACUGCGAACUCACCGAUGGGCGUAACGUCAGCUGUCUGUCAUGGAACAAGGCCAACCCCGACCUGAUCGCUGUGGGUUACGGCCAGUUUGGGUUUAACGACCAGAAGGGCGGUCUGGCCUGUUGCUGGUCUCUCAAGAACCCCAAGUACCCGGAGAGAGUGUACCACUGUGCCUCGGGGGUGGUCAGCAUGGACUUCUCCUACCAGAACCCCAGCCUGUUGGCGGUGGGGCUGUACGAUGGAACAGUUGCCAUCUACAAUGUGAGGAGCCAGGAGGACUCCCCUGUGCUGGACAGCUUUCAGUCCGGACAGGACCAUGUCAAGAACAGUGAGAACGCGGGGAAGCAUGCUGCGCCGGUCUGGCAGCUGAAGUGGGUGGAGAGAGACCGCGGCGCACAUGGGGACGAGAGGGGAGAGGUUCUGGUGUCGGUGUCGGCAGACGGGCGAGUCGUGCAGUGGUCCAUCCGCAAGGGGCUCGAGUCUUCAGACUUGAUGAAGCUGAAGCGAACGGCCGUUAAGCCGACCGGACCGGCGAAGGGGAAGGAGGGAAGCAAGAAGAGCGAAGGUCUCAUCUUCAGAUUCGCCCCCGGACUCUGCUUCGACUUCAGCGCCAAGGACCCCAACAUCUACCUGGCCGGAACAGAGGAAGGUCACAUCCACAAGUGUUCCUGUUCCUACAACGAGCAGUACCUGGAUUCUUACACAGGACACACGGGUCCGGUUUACAAGAUCAGCUGGUCUCCCUUCGCUCCCGACAUUUUCCUGAGCUGCAGCGCGGAUUGGAGCGUCCGGCUCUGGUCACAUGACCUGACAUCACCAGCCAUCAACUUCUUCUCCUCCACGCGCUCGGUGUACGAUGUUUGCUGGUCUCCAGCCUCCUCCACGGUGUUCGGUUGUGUGAAUGAAGGAGCCGUGGAGAUUUGGGACCUCUCCGUCAGCACGUUGGAUCCCAUCAUAGUCAAUGUGCCGAACCCUGGCAUCAAACUGUCCUGCAUCACCUUUACUCGCAACUCUGAUUGCGUGUUGGUAGGUGCCAGUGACGGACAAGUCACCGUCUAUAAGCUGAAGUGCAUGCAGCCGACGCCCGACAACCAGGGAGCCGCCCUGCGUGACAUUAUCCAGGCCACGAUGGCCUCUCAGCUGCAGACAACAGGAAAAGCCGGCAAGAAAAAGGGCAGCGGCGAGUAACGUCUCAAAAUCCUGACUACUUCCUCAAUGAAAUCAGUUUUACGGAGCGUGUGAUGCAACGUCUCAAAAUCCUCACCGUCUAUUUCCUUCAAGAAAUCAGUUUUAGGGAUGGCGUAAUGCACUGUCUCAAAACCCUGCAUCUAUCCUGAAGGGGGGAAGUAACUAUGUGUAAAUACUGACUCUGGACCAGACAUGUAUCUGUGCCUGAUCUGUACUUUGAAUUGUCACCCUGACCAA